CUCCUCCUCCACCAGCCCGCCUGCCCACCUCUCUCCUUCUCUCCCUCAGACAUCCGCGCAGACCCUUCACCUUUUCCCGACUUGCCGGCGCCCGCGUCUUUCUUUCACCAUGGCUGCCAAUGCUUCGCAGAUUGCGCAGCUGCUGCAGGCCAGCUUGGAUCCGCAGCAGAACAAGCAGGCUGAGGCCGCUAUUGCCCAGGAACAGGUCAAACCAGGUUUCUCUCUCGCUUUGUUGAACAUCGUCGCCGAAUCCAGCUUCCCGAAUACCAUACGACUAUCGAGCGCACUUUACUUCAAGAACUUCAUAAAGCGGCAUUGGGUGGACGCGGAUGGCAACCACCAGCUCCCCGAGAGUGAGGUCAGCGCCAUCAAGAGUGAGCUUAUUGGUCUCAUGGUCUCGGUACCCGCCAAUUUGCAGGCGCAACUGGGCGAGGCCAUCAGUGUCAUAGCGGACAGCGACUUUUGGCAGCGCUGGGAUACACUGGUCGAUGACCUCGUCUCGCGCCUCACUCCAGAUAAUGCGACUGUGAACAACGGUGUUCUCCGAGUUGCCCACUCCAUCUUCCGACGCUGGCGACCGCUGUUCCGCUCCGACGAUUUGUUUACUGAGAUCAACCACGUCCUCUCCAAGAUUGGCGCUCCCUUUCUGAUACUACUGGAGCAUACCGAUACAGCCAUCGCCAAGUCUGAAGGCAAUGCACAAGCCCUCAAAGACUAUUUCACAACGCUGGACCUGAUCGUGAAGCUCUUCUACGACCUGUCAUGCCAGGACCUUCCUCCAGUUUUCGAGGACAACCUCGGUCCUAUCUUCACCUUGCUUCACAAGUAUCUCGUUUACGAUAAUCCGGCGCUACAUACAGAUGAUGAGUCCGAAUCGGGAAUUUUGGAGUACGUCAGGGCAGCCAUCUUCGAAGCCUUGAUGCUCUACCUGCAGAAAUAUGAGGAUGUGUUUGCCGCACACCUUCCCCAGUUCAUCGAAACAACGUGGAAUUUCCUCAUGUCGGUCGGACUGGAGACUAAAUAUGACAUUCUCGUCAGCAAGGCCCUGCAGUUUCUAACGACAGUGGCUGGCACUCCUCACGCCGAGUCGUUCAAUCGCCAAGAUGUACUUGUUCAGAUCAUCGAAAAGGUCAUUCUUCCAAAUAUCACACUUCGUGAAUCCGACAUAGAACUUUUCGAAGACGAGCCGAUUGAGUUCAUUCGAAGAGAUCUAGAAGGCGCCGAUAAUGACACAAGACGACGUGCGGCAACGAAUUUCCUGCGCCAACUCAUGUCUCGCUUCGAGGAUCUCGUCACAACGACAUCCAAGACGUACAUUGAUGGGUUCCUGAAGCAAUAUGCUAGCAACAAGAACGAUUGGAAAGCCAAGGACACUGCCGUUUACCUGUACUCCGCGAUUGCGUCGAAAGGAACCGCCACUGCCGCUCAGGGUGUCUUGUCAGUCAACCCGAAAGUGGACAUUCUCGUUUUCUUCCAAGAGAACAUUGCCACAGAUCUGUCAUCGAGCGACGUUCCCGAAAUACUGAGAGUGGACGCAAUCAAGUACAUUUACAACUACCGCAGCCAGCUGUCUCCACCUUUAUGGCGGGCUGCCUUUCCCUUGCUCGUACAGCAGCUCGGCAACCCCAAUUAUGUUAUCCACACGUACGCUGCCAUAGCUGUAGAGCGUGCCCUCUUCAUGACCGACAAAGACCGACAGCCUAUCAUUCCUCGUGACGACGUUCUGCCACACGCGAAGGAUCUGGCGACACAUCUUUUCGCUCUGAUCACCAAGAAUACGGCUCCAGAGAAGAUUCAGGAGAACGAGUUCUUGAUGAGAUGUGUGAUGCGAGUUCUCAUAUUCAUUCGCGAGGGGGUGUUGCCGAUCACAGAGAUUGUGUUGAACAAUCUCAUCAAUAUCAUCAAGGUCAUCCGGCACAAUCCCAGCAACCCAAGAUUCCAGUAUUAUAUGUUUGAAGCUAUAGGUGCGUUGAUUCGCUUCGCGGGCCCUUCGCAAAGCUCCCUGCUUGAGAAUAAGCUAUCCGAUCCCUUUUCUGCCGUCCUCAAGGAUGGUGUAGACGAGUUCAUGCCAUAUGUAUUUCAGCUCUUCGCUGCUCUACUCGAAGCGAACCCCUCCGGCCAACUUGCGCCGUAUUAUCAAGAACUGCUCUCCGCCAUUAUCCUGCCUCAGGUAUGGGAAUCGAAGGGAAACAUUCCGGCCCUAGUCCGUCUCCUCACGGCUAUGAUUCCCCGGGAUGUGCAACGAAUCGUUGAGAAGAAGCUGGUUGAGCCCAUAUUGGGUAUCUUCCAGAAGUUAAUUUCUACUCGCGCGCAUGAGGUCCUCGCUUUCGAUCUGAUCGAGCAUAUCAUUACAUAUAUCCCUCUCGAAGUUCUCCAACCGUACUUCGUGACCAUCAUCAACCUAACGUUGACCCGUCUGUCCGGGUCGAAGACGGAGACAUUCCAACAGCGAUUCAUCGUCUUCUACCAUUUCAUAUCGGCGAGACAAGAUAAGGGCAUGGGAGCAGACUUCUUCAUCCAGUUAACGGAUGAGGUACAACAUGAUGUAUUCAAAGGCGUCUAUUUAAGCAUCAUCCUUCCCGAGACUCAGAAGCUCUCUCGUCCCAUCGACCGCAAAAUAGCUGUCGUCUCUUACACAAAGACCCUCACCGACUCGGAGGCGUUCGUCUCCCGCUACCCCAAAGGCUGGGGCCUCACCACACAGCGGCUCCUGGAGCUUAUGGUCAACCCUCCUGUGCCGCCUACCCAGGACGACAUCAUCCCGGAUGCUGAUGUUGACGAACUCGGUUUCGGUGUCGGCUUCACCCCGCUCAAUACUUGCAAGAGGCCGCCUAGAGACCCGUUCCCGGAGGUCACGGAUGUGAAGUCUUGGGUCGGGACGUAUCUGAAGGAGGCCGACACGAGGCAUGGGGGAAGGAUUCACAUGCUGGUGGAGGAGAGGCUCAACCCGGACGUUAAGGCUGCAUUGACGGAGUAUCUGAGGUGAGCCGGUGAGGGGUAAGGAAGGAAACUCAGUAGGGCGCCGACGGCUGGAGCACAUUUGGCUAGGUGGUGGCUCGUUGUCCGGCUACAUGGUUGACGAGGCCUCGCUGGAAUCUUUUCGACAAUCUGUGCUGGAUUUGGGUCCGGCUAGAUGGAUAAGAGAUGGAGCUUAUGAACUGCCUUUCGCGAAAAAAACGAAGUUUUGGGUAAAAGGAGGAAGUUCGGACGUGUGGAACGGAUUUCAUUGAUACCAAGGUACUGAAGGAUGAAAGGGAGCGACAUGCAUAAUAAGGAGUCCGUGUAUAGUCGUGUAGUGCAUUAUGUUCAGCGAAUUUCGAAAUGUAAAGUGGCUAUCUUUAC